AUGCGAGUAGCAUCUGAAGUCCGAGAUAGCACCAGGAGACAGCCAGGAGAUGAAAUCAAGGUUGCUCUCAAGAUAGGUUGCAUGAGGAAUGGUAACUUCCAUAUAAUGCACGUAAACACUCAAACUUUUCUACAAGAAGCUGGGGCAGCUGGCGGUCCAUUAACAUUAGGAAAUAUUAAUGCUGCUGGUAUAUGGACAAUUGACCCUGUACCUGGCCCUGAUAUGGUUGUUUCUUCUACAAUUUAUGAUGCACAAACACAACGUUAUGCUAGUGUGGCUCAACCAGUACCAGGUGAAAAUGUAACUGCUGCCUCUCAACCUUAUGAUUUUCUUAUAGCUCAAUUAAGUGGAGGGUCUUAUGCUAUUUUCCUACCAGGCCAAGACUUAUUUUGGGAUUCUAAUUCCACUAUUUUGAAUCAUAUCCAGCUCAUUCCUGGGAAUGAUAUCAUCGGUAAUGAUAACUAUUUUGAUAUAGUACCUGUCCUAAGUUAAUGAUUUUUAAUAAAUUCCGUGGAAUUGUUCGAAAUUGCCUUAUGAGCUUAUUUCGUGCCUAUAAUAUAUGCGUAAAAUAAAAAGAAUGCAUUCAAACAUAAAAAAAAUACAUGUUGAUGGAAUCAAUUCUGUUGACAU